CCUAGCUGCCUCCGUGUCCGCUCUCCCCCCCUCCUUUCUCUGAGAAAACACUUUCGGGAAGAAUAAAGUUUUUUCCCCGUCACGGAGCCGAGCUGAGCCAGUCUCUGCCGGAGCCAAGCCGCUGGAGCAGCAGAAUGUGGAGACAGGACCGGGCUCCAGGGAGCGCCUGCGCUGCUCUCGUGUUACUGCUGACGCUCGCCGAGGCGCACCGAUUCCUGAACCAGAACUCAGCCUCCCAGUUCCUGAGCCGGCACAGGAGAGCCAACUCCCUGUUUGAGGAGAGCAAGAAGGGCAACCUGGAGAGGGAGUGCAUCGAGGAGCUGUGCAACAAGGAGGAGGCCAGGGAGAUCUUUGAGAACCAGCCGGAGACGGAGUACUUCUACCCCAAAUAUGUUGUGUGUCUGGGCUCCCACCGUGUCGGCAUCAACAGCCAGAACUCUGACUCAGACAUCCCACCAGACCUCCGCACAUGCGUGAAAGAGAUCAGUAACCAGUGUACACCGUUUCCGUGCUACAAGGAGGGCACUGAGCGCUGCGUGGACGGCCAGGCCUCCUUCAAGUGUGAGUGUAAGCCCGGCUGGAAGGGGCUGCGCUGCGAGGAUGAUGUCGAUGAGUGUUUAGAUCCCGAAUUUCCAUUAAGAUGUAACCAAAAAUGCCACAACAUCCCUGGUAGUUUCCAGUGCAUGUGUGAAGAUGGCUACUUCAUCACUGACAAAAUCAACUGUGUGGAUUUCAAUGAGUGUCUAUCAUACCCACAUAUCUGCAAAGAACCUGCUAAAUGUGUCAACACACCAGGCAUGUAUGAGUGUCAGUGUCCCCUGGGAUUUAAAUACAACUUCACAUCAAGGACCUGCGACGAUGUGGAUGAGUGUCAGCUGAACGUGUGUGACGGGACGUGUGUAAACACAGUGGGCAGCUACACGUGCCACUGCGAUGGUCGCGAGGGUUUACAGCUGACAGCGGAUGCGCGAUACUGUGAGACGAUCCCCGUUUGUGUGGACCUGCAUGACGAAAAACACCCUGAGAUGCUGUACCUGGGCGAACAGUUUGCAGGCCUUCCUGUCAUCUUUCUGCUCUUCCGCCUGCCGGAGAACACAAAGUUUUCUGCCGAGUUUGACUUCCGAACAUUUGACCCAGAAGGAGUUGUUCUGUAUGCAGAAUCUUCCCAGGACUCGUGGUUCAUGUUGGGGCUGAGGGCCGGUCGCAUCGAAGUCCAGUUCAAAAACCAGCACACGUUCAAAGUGACCAGUGGAGGGAAAGCCAUUAAUGACGGACAGUGGCAUGUGAUCUCAGUUGAUGAGCUGGAGAGCAGCAUCAGCGUGAAGAUCAGCAAGGAAGCUGUGAUGAGCAUCAACAGCCCCGACAGUCUCUUUACGUCAGUUAAUGGCAAACUGGAAACCAAAGUGUACAUCGCUAGUCUCCCAAACCGCACGGACAACGUCAUCAAGCCUAUCAAUCCUCGACUUGAUGGCUGCAUCCGUGGCUGGAACCUAAUGAACCAGGGUGCACUCGGAGUAAAAGAGGUCAUCCAGGAGAAGAAGAGUAAACACUGCUUUGUGUAUGUGGAACGGGGAUCUUUCUUCUCCGGGAAAGGAUUGGCACAGUUCAACAUAGACUACAUAGGUGAUUCUGGGAGCUGGAAUGUGGAUAUAAACAUGAACAUACGGCCGUCCAGCAGCACAGGUGUCCUCUUUGCUCUCGUCUACAACAACACAGUUCCCCUGUCGGUCGCUGUGGUAACCAAGGAAGAAGAAGAUGCUAACCUGCAAGUGUUUUUGGAUGGUGUCCCUGUAGCAACACUGGAGUCCUUGAUGUUGUGCUACCCUGACCGACUGACGCUGCAGCUGAAUGUGACUCCCACAGCGAUCCAGAUCUCAGCCAACUCAUCCACUGUUAGCUACAUGAAGUCUGAUGCCCUGCAGGAGGCACUGGAGCGCCUCAACAGCACCAUGCAGGGCCCCGUCAGCACGUACAUUGGUGGAAUACCAGAUGAUGUGCCGUUAACUGCCACCCCUGUGUCCGCCUUUUACCACGGCUGCAUGGACAUCACCAUCAACGGCAGACAGCUGGACUUUGACGAGGCUCUCAGCAAACAUAACAGUAUUAAGUCCCAUUCCUGUCCUCCCGUCUCCGCCCCCGAGACUCACCCUAGUGAACCACACCUACACCGGAAGUGACCUUAAUUAACAAACGCCACAUGAAAAAGCCUCUCAAAUUAAACAGCGUCCCACAGGUGCCACCUUUUGGGUUAUAGCUGAUAUUGAGUAGAGAGUGUAUCUUAAGUUUUGUCUUAUCUUUUUAUCUAUACAGUAUUAUUGUGUUUGCCUUUUUUUUUUUUUUUUUUUUGAGUCAAAACGAUAGCUGGUCAGAGGCUGGAUGAUAAGUUAAGCAUUUUAAUAAUUUCAAAAUGUAGAGGAAAAAAAAGAGCUGAGCUCUGUAGCACCGAACAGUGUGUGUUCAGCAACAUAUGGUUGCAUUUGUGUAGAACAAUAAACAAAUGGUCAGAGUUGGCCAGGCUGGGAUUCCACCUGCGUCCGUGGCCAUGCUACUGGAUUAUGGUACUUUCUCUAAAUUCUCUGAAUUUGGAGACAACUUAUUGGAGCUGUGGCCGUGGCAGUAAGAACCACUGAGAAGAAAUCCAAGACUGCAGGCAUCUGAUCCAAUUCUGCUCCCUUCGUCGAUUGUAAUCACUGCUGCUGAGCUGGGUCAUGUAAACAUCUCUAACUGUCUGAACUGUAGUUCUGCAUCUUCUGCCAUAUGUGAUCACAAUUCACACUGUAUAUAAAACAAAACCACCUUAAAUAUUUAAAUUAAAUCUAGUUGUUCUAGGUUUUGUUAAAUGUUUGUUUUAAUAAUACAGCAUCAAAGCAACUUAUUUUUGAUUUUCUUUCUUUUUCUUUUCUGUCUCAGUUCGAAACAGUCAUGCAGAAAGACUUAUGGGAAAUCAUUUACUUUCACAGUAAAUCCUUUCAGGAAGUGCAUUGUUGUUGAUUGUGAAAAUAAUGCAUGUUGUAACCUAUCAGAUUGGUAAAGUUAAAUUCUAAAGAGUCA